AUGUCCCAGCCGACGAGUCCCCAAGGGAGUAGCGCCACUCGGAAAAGUUGGCAGGAUAAGCUCGGUGGAGGUCGUACCGCCUGGUCCAGUACCGUCAUCGUCCAGGGCCAAAGCUUCUCCGCCCGCUACUGGUACGACGGUCAGUAUAUCAACAAUGCUAAAGAGGACGCAGCCGAAGUCGCUUUGGGGGCGCUAAGCCAUCGUCCUUCCUCCUCGGCCACUUGGCCAGGGAUAAUCCCGCCCAGCCGACCCAGUCCACCUACGGUCGAGGCACUGGAGGCGUCUGAAUAA